AUGGCCUCUCCUCAGCAGAUUCGAACCCCCAUUACCGACCUGUUCAAGAUCCAGCACCCCGUCCUGCUGGCCGGCAUGAACGUCGCCGCCGGUCCCAAGCUGGCUGCUGCCGUCACCAAUGCCGGCGGUCUCGGCGUCGUUGGUGGUGUCGGAUACACCCCCGACAUGCUGCGGGAGCAAAUCGCCGAGCUCAAGGAGCACCUGACGGACAAGAAGGCUCCGUUUGGCGUCGACCUGCUUCUUCCCCAGGUGGGCGGCAGUGCCCGCAAGACCAACUACGACUACACCAAAGGCAAGCUCGAUGAGCUCGUCGACAUUGUCAUCGAGUCCGGCGCCAAGCUCUUCGUCUCCGCCGUCGGCGUCCCCCCCCGCCAUGUCGUCCAGAAGCUCCAAAAGGCCGGCAUCCUCUACAUGAACAUGAUCGGCCACGUCAAGCACGUCAAGAAGUGCCUCGACCUGGGCGUCGACAUCAUCUGCGCCCAGGGCGGCGAGGGCGGCGGCCACACCGGCGACAUCCCCACCACCGUCCUGAUCCCCGCCGUCGUCGACGCCGUCCGCGGCCACAAGUCCCCCGUCUCCGGCGGCCCCGUGCAGGUCGUCGCCGCCGGCGGCAUCCACAACGGCCAGCUCCUCGCCUCGGCGCUCAUGAUGGGCGCCACCGGCGUCUGGGUCGGCACCCGCUUCAUCCUCACCGACGAGGCCGGCGCCCCCAAGGCCCACAAGGAUGCCGUCCGCACCGCCGGCCACGACGACAACGUCCGCACCAUCAUCUUCACCGGCCGUCCCAUGCGCGUCCGCAACAACCCCUACAUCCAGGACUGGGAGACCAACCGCACCCAGGAGAUGAAGGAGCUGGUCGCCAAGGGCACCAUCCCCUACGAGGUCGACCUCGAGCGGUUCAUGGGCGGUGACGCGGCCAACGAGCACAAAGGCAUCGAGGCCAACAACAGCAGCAGCAGCAGCGGCGGCGGCGACGACGACGACGACGAGGGUGACGACCCUCUGGAGCAGUUCCGCCCUUUCCUGAUGGGAAAGUGCGCCGCUGUGGUCAAUGAGCAAAAGUCGGCCAAGGCUGUUGUAGACGAGUUUGUCAACGACGCCGUUGCCUGGAUCAAGAAGGGGAACCAGAUGAUUGCCAAGUUGUAA